UCUCCAGUGCUGACAAGCAGGGAGCAACUGUUUCCCCUCAAUACACAGACAUGACAGCGAGAGCACCGCAGCCAUUAGCCAAACAGCGGAGUAGGACGUACACAGAUGCUGCGUAAUUACCUCUAAUCCUGCUGUGGUUUACAGCUGUGUACGGCACCUCGCCUCCUGAUCCUAUAAACAGGGAACCUGCGCAUUUAUUCUGCAAAUUCAUGAUGGUGUUGAUGCUGAACUACAAUGAAAAAUGGCCCUUAAUAUCCACCGUACACUUACAGUAAGUGCUGGUGUCGCUAAAUAAAAUCGCUACAAUCUGCUUGUCAUGUAAGUAACAUGCAAUAGGCUGCACGUAACAGGCUCCCCGGAGCGACGAAGAUGGGAUGCAUCAGGGCUUGUCUGCAGAAAAUAAGACGCAGGGUGAAGCUGGAGCGGUUCAGAGAGCUGGGCCGACAGUAUCCAGUCUUCUGCUUUCUGCUGCUGGUCCUGCUGCUGUCUACUGUGCUUUUAAACAGGUAUAUUCACAUUAUGAUGGUGUUUUGGUCCUUCCUGGCUGGAGUCGUCACUUUCUACUGCUCUUUGGGGCCUGAAUCUCUGCUGCCCAACGUCUUGGUCUCCAUCAAACCAAAAACCAAGUCAUACCAACAAGAGCUGUUUCCACUGGGCCACAGCUGUGCUGUUUGUGGAAAAAUCAAAUGCAAAAGGCACAGACCGACUUUAUUACUGGAAAACUAUCAACCAUGGCUUGACCUGAACAUUCCCUCUAAGGUGGAUGCUUCUCUUUCAGAGAUUCUGGAGCUGGUUCUGGAAAACUUUGUGUAUCCUUGGUAUAGAGACAUCACAGACGAUGAGGCGUUUGUUGACGAUCUCAGAGUGACUUUGCGCUUCUUUGCAGCUGUGUUGGUCCGCCGGACCCAGAAGGUGGAUGUGGCAUCCCUCAUCACACAAAAGCUUCUUAAAGUUGCCAUGAAGCACAUUGAAAUAAUAAGCAAAGCAAGACAGAAAGUAAAGAAUGCUGAGUUUCUUCAACAAGCUGCCCUGGAGGAAUAUGGUCCUGACCUCCAUGUAGCCCUUCGCAGUCGUAGAGAUGAGCUCCUCUACCUCAGGAAGCUGACUGAGAUGCUCUUUCCUUACAUCCUGCCACCCAAGGCUACAGACUGCAGAUCUCUUACUCUCCUGAUAAGAGAAGUCUUGGCUGGUUCUGUCUUCCUUCCUUCAAUGGACUACUUGGCUGAUCCUGACACAGUGAAUCAUUUACUUUUGAUAUUCAUAGACAACUCCCCUCCUGAAGAAGCCAUGGAGCCCACUUCAACGUUGGUUCCUUUUCUACAAAAGUACUCGGACAUUCGCAACAAAAAGCCCUCUGUGCUGAAACUGGAAUUGAGGGAAAUCAGAGAACAGCAAGACCUUCUCUUCCGUUUUAUGAACUUUCUGAAGCAAGAAGGGGCCGUUCACGUGCUCCAGUUCUGCCUUGCAGUCGAGGAAUUCAAUGACAAGAUACUGUGCCCAGAGCUGUCUGACACAGAAAAGAUAAUGCUUCAUGAGGAGGUGAAGAAGAUCUAUGAGACGUACUGUUUGGACGAGAGCGUCGAUAAGAUCCGCUUUGAUCCUUUCAUAGUGGAAGAAAUACGCAACAUUGCAGAGGGCCCGUAUGCAGAGGUGGUGAAGCUGCAGACCAUGAGGUGUUUGUUUGAAGCCUAUGAGCACGUCCUGUCCCUCCUGGAGAAUGUUUUCACCCCAAUGUUCUGUCACAGUGAUGAGUACUUCCGCCAGCUUCUGAGAGGGGCAGAGUCCCCUGCCAGGAAUUCCAGGAUGAGCAGAAAUAGCCUCAGUUUGGAUGACAUCCGUUCCUGGGACUGGAGCCCCGAGUCCCCGUCCUCAAUGUUCACCGCCUCUGGCAGCUCUUCACCUGCAUCUUUUAACUCCCUCCAUGCCCAGUCCACGUUCACAACCUUCCCAUACGGCUCGCAAUCCCACCGCCACUCAUCACCCAAGAACACGUCAAAGAGGGGCGAGUCCUUUGGGAUCAGUCGCAUUGGCAGUAAGAUCAAAGGAGUGUUCAAGAGCACAACCAUGGAGGGAGCCAUGCUGCCAUCCCAUGGUCUUGUGGAGGGAGAGGACGAUAUGGUGGAGGAAGCCAUGAUGGUGCUGGAGGACGACUCCCCCAUGGAGGCAGCGUCCACCCCCAGCACCCCCCGAAACCUCUCAGCCUGGAACAUCACCAUCCCAUACAUUGAUUUUUAUGACGACGAUGUGAAGAGGGAAAGGAUUCCUGUGUUCUGUAUCGAUGUAGAGCGCAAUGACCGGAAGGCAGUGGGACAUGAGUCUGAGAACUGGUCUGUGUACAGAAGAUAUCUGGAGUUCUAUGUCUUUGAAUCAAAGCUCACUGAGUUUCAUGGCUCAUUUCCAGAUGCGCAGUUGCCUUCGAAGAGAAUCAUCGGUCCCAAGAAUUACGAGUUCCUCACAUCAAAGCGAGAGGAGUUCCAGGAGUACCUUCAGAAACUUCUGCAGCACCCGGAGCUGAGUAACAGUCAGCUCCUCGCUGACUUCCUGUCCCCGUACAGUAUGGAGUCUCAGUUCCUGGACAAGAUGUUACCUGAUGUGAACCUGGGGAAAAUCAUUAAGUCAGUUCCCAGCAAACUGAUAAAAGAGAAAGGGCAGCAUCUGGAGCCAUUCAUCCAGUCCUUUUUCAACUCCUGUGAAUCUCCCAAACCCAAACCCAGCCGCCCUGAGCUCACUAUCCUGAGCCCCACCUCGGAAAAUGAUAAAAAGCUCUUCAACGACCUCUUCAAAAACAACGCCAACCGAUCAGAGUUGACUGAGAAGAGGCACAAUCAGAAUUACUUCAUGGAAAUGAUCACCGUUGAAGGGCUGUAUGACUACUUAAUGUUUCUGGGCCGAGUUGUCUUCCACAUCCCGGACUGGCUGCACCACCUGCUAAUGGGUGGCAGGAUCCUGUUAAAGAACACACUUGAAGCCUACAUAGAUUACUACCUUCGGUGCAAGCUGAACCAGGUGGUCCAGGAGCACCGGCUAGUCUCGCUCAUCACCCUGCUUAGAGACACAGUUUUCUGUGAGAGCAGUGUGCCUCGAUCGGCCCAGGACAAGCAGAGGAGGGCGAAGAGGACAUUUGAUGAGAUGAGGACCUACAUUCCAGGUAUUCAUUCACUUCUUCCAGACUUUCUGGGGAAAUGUAUCGGAGAAGAGGCCAAGUAUGAAGGAGUACGCCUCCUCUUCGAUGGACUGCAACAGCCAGUUCUUAACAAACAGCUGACAUAUGUGCUGUUGGACAUCGCCAUUCAAGAACUUUUCCCUGAGCUAAACAAGCAGGUGCAGAAGGACACCGCUGUGAUGGCUCCAUGGAUGUAAAAUGAACACUUCAAUGGACAUGAGCUCACAUGCUUUCUAGGCAUUACACUAAGCCGAAACACCUGCAGAGACUUACCUAAAACAUGUAGAUCACCUGUUCAGUAUCUGACUUGGAUACAUGGCACAGCAAGAAGAUGAAACCCAAGGCUUCUCCAAAAUAAGUUAUAUAAAUAAAUGGUAUAACAGUGGUCCUUGUGGAAUUAAUCUGAACUAUAAAAGCCUGCAGUGUAAAAGUGUGCUGUUUGACAGCUGCAGUUGAUUGCAGUAAAACUUUGAAGAAAUGACUUGUUUCUACUAUUUCACACUGUGAUACUGUUGAACACACUGUGGUAUUGCCAGAGAUGUGAACUACUAAAAAACAUCUCGCAUCACAUUAUAGCCUGUAACACCUAUAGCUGGAAAAGCAGUCACCGUGGAACCAGUUUUACAGAAUCUAAAAGAGAACAACUCAUUUUAACUGCAGCCAAAAGUUCCGUCAAACUGCUUUUUUUGUUUUGAUUAUUACUGAUUUCAAAAUCAUUAAAAUCAGUCAAAACAGCAGACAAUAGCCUUUAAUCUAUUAAGCCUCCAAUGGCUAUUUGAUUGUUAAACUUUUGUGUGAUGGGUGGUGAUGAGUGAUACGUAUACGAAUGUAUACAUCCAAAUCAAACUGCUUUGAUGAUUUAGAGCAAUCAGUUUUUAUCAGUAUUUUAAAAUUGGUAGCCGAAAUGUACCCUUUUAGCAGCAGUUUAGUGUGUAGCUACAUGUUGCCUAGCAACGCAACAAUUUUUCAUUUAAAACAGAAACACAAUAUCAUUUUUUUUAACAGUAAUUUAAUUUCACUUUAAAGAAGGCUUGAGUUUUAGUUGACAAUUUGUCAACUAAGAUUAAAGAAUUAAUAAUAAAAAAGAAUCAUUAACAGCAGGACUACUAGUAUAAUAUAAACAUAUUGAUGAAUUGUUGUCACAAUGCCAUUUAUUUUUUUGAUACGUCAAAAAAAGAAUACCUGAGAAAAUGCCUUUAAUUUCCAUUUUCAAUAUUUAAUUUUUUCAGCGCGUGUUAAUAUUUCUGCAUACAGGAAAUGUUUAAAAAGGCAAUGGUCAUAACAAAACAAAAAACUGGCUUAUUUACAGAUCAUACAUACAAUGUAUCUGCUGUAGCAAAACAUUUGUUUCUGUAACUUGAUGAUGGACAUACUCAAAUAGCAAUAAUUCUUUAUAAAAAUAAUAUGUAUAGGCACAUUCAGGUGCAUGAAUACAUUAAAGCUUUGGCUUGUUUCCAUCCAUUUCUAUGAGUAAUAAAAGGCAGAGAUAUAGCAGUC